AUGCCGGUGAAGGUGACCAUCCGGGCCGAGCUGCAAGAUGCAGAGGCUGGACCUGAGGUCCAGAAGAUUGGCUUGUCCUUCAAGUCCCUGCCACCGGAGCCCGUGGUGGUGCAGACCGUCGCGCCUGCAACCUGGGGCUCCGAUCGAGGCAUCCAGGGCGGACAGCAGAUCGUGGCCAUCAACGGAGUUGAUGUCGCCACCAUGACGCAGCAGGAGUUCCGGGCAGCCCUCAAAGCACGGCCGCUGACUCUCAGGUUCCGAAUCUCCGACGAUCCUGAGGAGGAGCCUCUACAAGCCGCGGUGGCCGGCUCGGAUGUCGACAAACUUGGAAUGUCCUUUCAAAGCCUCCCUCCGGAGCCAGUGAUCGUCAACAAGGUCGCUGCUGGCGGCUGGGCAGAGUCGGUCGGCUUUCUGGGAGGAGAGGAGAUCCUCGUCGUGAACGGGGAGUCCACCGUCGCCAUGUCCAGCGAGGACUUCAAGGCGGCGCUUCGCGUGAGACCCCUCGUGCUAAGGUUUCAGCAGCCUGCAGAAGAGGAGGAGGAGGACGAGCAGGAUGACCUCGUCCAGGAAGUUGAAGUUGGCCCGGAGGUGUCCAAAAUCGGACUGUCCUUCCACAACCUGCCUCCCGAGCCGGUCGUCGUCAACAAGGUGGCUGCUGGUACCUGGGCUGAGUCCGUGGGCUUCAUCGGAGGUGAAGAGAUCCUGGCCCUCAACGACGAGGACGUGGCCUCCAUGACAAGUGAGCGGUUCAAGUCGGUGUUGAAGUCGCGCCCUUUACUCAUCAGGUUUCAAGCAUCUGAGUUUGAGGAGGUCGAAGCCGGUGAGGAGGUGGUUAAGAUCGGUUUGUCCUUCAAGACCCUUCCCCCGGAGCCUCUGGUUGUUAGCAAGGUCGCCCCUGGGAGUUGGGCGGCCACGGUGGGAUUCCAAGGUGGAGAGGAGAUUGCGGCCAUCAAUGGCAUAGCAGUUGCUGACAUGUCGAACGAGGACUUCAAGGCCCUAUUGAGGGCGCGGCCCUUGACCUUGAGGAUCGUGAGCUCGACUGUCGCUGUGGCCGAACCUCCUGCUGGGCAAACUGACAAGGAUGCUCGAGACAAGCAGCAAGCGCAGGCGGCCACCAAGAUCCAGGCGAUCCACCGUGGCAAUCUGGCUCGGAAGGAGGGCCAAGCCAAGCGGAAGAAGAAAGCCGCCAAGGAAGCGAAGGAAGGGGAGGCAGCCACGAAGAUCCAGGCUAUCCAUCGUGGCAACCUCGCCCGGAAGGAAGCACAAAGCCAAAGAGAAGACGAGGACCGCCGGGGCAAGGACAAGGAGAACGCGGCCAAGGAAGCUCCCAGCAAACAGGAGGAGGAGGCAGCCACGAAGAUUCAGGCCAUCCACCGAGGCAACCUCGCCCGAAAGGACGGCCGCAGCAAGCAGCAGGAUAAAGCGGGGAAGGAAGCUCAGAGCAAGCAGGAGGAGGAAGCGGCCACGAAGAUUCAGGCAUUACAUCGGGGCAACCUCGCCCGAAAGGACGGCCGUAGCAAGCAGCCGGAGAAAGCGGCGAAGGAAGCUCAGAGCAAGCAGGAAGAGGAAGCGGCCACGAAGAUUCAGGAAGCUCAGAGCAAGCAGGAAGAGGAAGCGGCCACGAAGAUUCAGGACGGCCGUAGCAAGCAGCCGGAGAAAGCGGCGAAGGCCACGUGCCGAGCAACGGAUGCGGAAGCUCAGAGCAAGCAGGAAGAGGAAGCGGCCACGAAGAUUCAGGAAGCUCAGAGCAAGCAGGAAGAGGAAGCGGCCACGAAGAUUCAGGCAAUACAUCGGGGCAACCUCGCCCGAAAGGACGGCCGUAGCAAGCAGCCGGAGAAAGCGGCGAAGGAAGCUCAGAGCAAGCAGGAAGAGGAAGCGGCCACGAAGAUUCAGGCAAUACAUCGGGGCAAUCUCGCCCGAAAGGACGGCCGCAGCAAGCAGCCGGAGAAAGCCGCGAAGGAAGCUCCCAGCAAACAGGAGGAGGAGGCAGCCACGAAGAUUCAGGCCAUCCACCGAGGCAACCUCGCCAGAAAGGACGGCCGCAGCAAGCAGCCGGAUCAAGCAGCAAAGGAAGCUGAGAGCAAGCAGGAGGAGGAAGCGGCCACGAAGAUUCAGGCAAUACAUCGGGGCAAUCUCGCCCGAAAGGACGGCCGCAGCAAGCAGCCGGAGAAAGCCGCGAAGGAAGCUCCCAGCAAACAGGAGGAGGAGGCAGCCACGAAGAUUCAGGCCAUCCACCGAGGCAACCUCGCCAGAAAGGACGGCCGCAGCAAGCAGCCGGAGAAAACCGCGAAGGAAGCUCCCAGCAAACAGGAGGAGGAGGAGGAGGCAGCCACGAAGAUUCAGGCAAUCCACCGAGGCAACCUCGCCAGAAAGGACGGCCGCAGCAAGCAGCCGGAUCAAGCAGCAAAGGAAAGUGAGAGCAAGCAGGAGGAGGAGGACGGCCGCAGCAAGCAGCCGGAGAAAGCCGCGAAGGAAGCUCCCAGCAAACAGGAGGAGGAGGCAGCCACGAAGAUUCAGGCAAUCCACCGAGGCAACCUCGCCAGAAAGGACGGCCGCAGCAAGCAGCCGGAUCAAGCAGCAAAGGAAAGUGAGAGCAAGCAGGAGGAGGAGGCGGCCACGAAGAUUCAGGACAGCCGCAGCAAGCAGCCGGAGAAAGCCGCGAAGGAAGCUCCCAGCAAACAGGAGGAGGAGGCAGCCACGAAGAUUCAGGCCAUCCACCGAGGCAACCUCGCCAGAAAGGACGGCCGCAGCAAGCAGCCGGAUCAAGCAGCAAAGGAGGAGCGGGAGAAAGUUGCCCAGGCAGCUCAAAGCAAGAGAGAAGAGGAAGCAGCCACGAAGAUCCAGGCUAUCCAACGCGGAAACCUCGUGCGAAAGGACGGUCGAGGCAGCAAGAAGCAAAACGCGGCCGAGGGAGAGGAACGCGGUGCACGCCGCAGCAAAGGCAGCCGCUCCCUCAGGGCCAGCAUCGUGGACAUGGCCGGCCCGAAGCACAGCGCCGAGCGAGCAUCGCGCACACGGCGGCGCGCGGAGACCGCCAAGUCCUCACGCAGUGGCAGCGCAGGUCACUCCCCUCGACGCAGCCGGAGCUCGCAGGGCAGCGAGUCCGACCGAAGCCCCAGUGCAGGCAGAGACCCGGCUGCGAAGUUAUAUGCCAUGCCGUCGUCGCUGGCAACUCCAGCUACCCCCGUCUCCUGGCUCGUAGAGGAGUUCGGAGGGGCUACGAGCUCCCGCGCGACGACGCCCUCGCCACGCCCCGUGUCUCCAAAGCGCAGCGCCUCAGCACCCAACUCGGCGCGAGUGCGCCCGAACUCCGGAGCAGCGCUGCGCCAAUUCCGUGCCGAGCUCUUGCGCAGAGAAGGUACUUUUGCUGCUGGCUGGAGAAGAAUCCUGGACAGCUCCGCAACGGGUUUUGUGACCCAUGCAGAGUUCUGUGAAGCGUGUCGCCGGAUGAACUAUCGUGGCAAUAUCCGUGACGCCUGGCAUGAACUGGAUGCUGAUGGGUCCGGCAAGGCCACGAUCUGCGAGCUCGAUUGGCCCACUGCCGAGGCGUUGGGGAAGUUUUCCAGCGCUCUCGCCUCGCGCUUUGGUGGCGUGGACCAGGCCGCGAAAUCCUGGGGCCUGCGUGGCGGCCGGCGGCUCCGGAAGGAGGAGUUUCGGUCCCUGGUCUCGGGCAUCCUGGAGCCACGUGAGGCUGACAGUAUCUUUCGAAUGAUCUGCUGCCACGACACGUUGGCCAGGCCGUCCGUCCGUGCCGAGGACCUGCGCUGGCUGCAGCAACUCAGCCCGUCCCUGCCUCGCGUUGCGGCGAAUCGCGUCGAACCCGGGAUGCUGGCGGCCGAGCAGCUAAACGACCCCGGGCUGACCUUUCAGACACCGGGCGAGGUUCCAGGUGAAGCAGUUGGUGAUCCACCUGGCCCAGUGGCUCCCCUGGAGCCGGGCGAGACGAGCCCUAGGACUCCACGAACUCCCCGAAGUGCCUCGCAGCCUCUAACGAAGCGUCAGGAGGCAGACGAAGGCUUCGCGCGGUUGACCAGAGAGGACCUCUACAACCGGCUCUAUCGUGAGGCGAAGGACUUCCACAAGAGAAAGCAGGAGAAGCAUGAGAAGGAGGGCCUCUUCAAGAAGCCAGAGCCCAACCUGUCUGCUGCGCAGACCGGAAGCACGGCAUACUUCAAGCGCCUCUACAACAAGGGGCUCCUGCAAAAGGCGCAGCAGGAGGAGAGGCGGCAGAGACUGGAGCGGGAAGCUGACGAGCACUUCCGGAAGCCUCGACAGCCACGGAGGGACGUCCCUUCAUGGCUGCACAAAGCGAAUCCGGAGCUCUCGGCAAAGCUGCAGGAGCCCGUGUGGACUCGGUUGCAGAAGCCGCGCGAACCCAAGAAGGAGGAGCCCACGCCUGUGGUGACGCCGCGACACCUUACUGUCGAAUCCGUCUCGACUGCAGCGUGCCGAGCCGAUGUGGCAGCCGCGGCAGCGGAUCGCCUAUAUUCGCAAGCCCAGAAAAGAAAGGAGCGCCAAAGGAAGAAGAAGGAUGCCGAGGAUGGGCUGCAGACCAUCAAGGAGAAGAAGGACAAGGAGGUCAAGCUCACCAAGGAGCGCCAGAAUGAUCUCGUCCUGCGGCUGCAUAACUAUGGUCAGGAGAAGCAGAAGGAGGCGAUGGAGAAGCGUGAGGAAGCCAGAAAGGCGGCCGAGGAAGAAGUCCGGCAGCUCGCAGACCGCCGCCGCGGAAAGGGCAACAAGGUGCGGCCAGAGACUUUCUUCCGCCUCCAUCUCGAUGGGUUGCAGAGGGAAGAGUCUUUGGCCGAGCGUCGCAAGAUGAAGGAGAUGGAGGAGGAACACAGGCUCAAGGCAGAAAGCAUUCACUGCGGAGCUGCUCCUAAUCCCGACGUCUUCCACAUGCUCCACACGUCAUACAAUGCAAAGCAAGGGCGCGUUGUCAGCAAGACUGCGGAGGCCGAGGAAGACGAGGCCGAGGCAGCCUCGGAAGAAGGCUCCGAGCACUUCGACACCGAAGUCGAGCAGGCCAACCUGGAUCUAAGCGCUUGGAAGCUCUCUCAUCAGGGUCCGCGUUCACCAGACGAUGGAGGCGAUGAAGCCGAAGCAGAUCCAAGGUCAAGGGAGCCAUCCGAGCGCCGCAGAAGCAACGAGGAGGAUCGAGCGUCGACUUUGCAGGAGCUCCGAGAGGUAAGGCGCAGCCGGCUGGCGAUGAACGACUGGAUGGAGACGCAGAAGCGGGAGCUGAAGGCCGGCGACGAUCGCUUCAGGACUCCGCCUGGCGCCAGCAUCGCACCCGGUGAGAGGCCCGCCGACUCGCCUUCACUGGAAGGUGGGCCGGAGGGCGACGAGAGAGCCCUGCAAGCGCUGCUGCAAAGGAGACCGGGAUCAGUGCCAGGUGGCAAGCGCCGUUCCGUUGCAGCAACCCUGCUCUCGAAGGAGCUCUUCGGCUCUGACGACGAGAAGGAUGAGCCCCUCCCCUCGCAGUCUUCGCAUGACGCCGAUCCCCUUUGGGGAGCCGUAUCAGACAUCGUCUCCUGGAAGCGCAAGGCUGCGAACUACCUCCCGGACUGGGUGGCGGUGCCCUUUGCAGGGGUGCAGAUCAAGGAUCCCGGCACUCAAAAGAGCUACGGCGAGAUACCUUGUCGAGCUCGGGUUGAUGGUCUGCAACCAGGGACCAGGUACUCGUUCGUCUUGGCUGCAACGAAUGCCCUUGGCACAGGCUGCUGGUCGACGCUCUCUACGCCGCUGGUGACCCCUCCUGCAGCCCCUGCCCCUCCGGUCAGUGCAGUUGCUACGGUGAGUGUCGAUGCGGAGCAGCAAGUCGUGGUGACCGUCAGUUGGGAGUGCUGCGAGGAGCCCGGAAGUGGCGCUCUCGCAGCCUUCGAAGUGCAGCUUGUACCUGCAGAGCUCCAGCAUGUCCGCCCAGCGUCUGACAGGCGCCUUCUCUGCGAGCGGAUCGCUGCACAGAACAUGCGGGCAGGGCAGAGGAUCUGCUGGGCCAAAGCCCUUGCAGCUCCAGGCUACUACCUCGUAGAGGUGACUGCAGAAAACAUCGCAGGACAGAGAAGCGCAGCUGCGGUACUGACCCUGGAGGUGCGCCCAGAGGUCUUUCCGCCCUCCAUUGCAGAGCUCAUUCCGCCCGUGCCGAGCUGGAGUGAGGAGUCGCUGCUGGUUUUGGGGCCUGCAGCCUCCUCGGCCCAGCGCUUUGCAGACCUGGAUGCGAGCACAUGGCUUCAGACGCUGCUUCUCUGGAGAGAUCGUGACACACCAGCCCAGGCUCGUGGAGUUCAGCGGCUCUCUUCUGGGACUCUUCCAUCCUCCAUAGACGUCCUCUGCUUCUUUCGGCGUCCAGGUUCCGGACAGGUCUUCCGGGCAGUUCUCGCAGCGCAGGUGACGACCAGCAGGUUGCAGGUAGCUCUGCCGCCUCAUGUCCCGAUGUCGCUGCGACUCGCUGUCAAUAUGGAUCCCACCGUGGCGGCACAUGUGUCUGGUGGUCAGGUGAUGAGUGAGCCACUGGUGGUCUUGAUGUCCGGAGACGGUGAGCGGCUGCGGCCAACCUGGGAGAUCUGGUCCAGGCCUGCGACCGCGGCACGACAAGCACCCAGGUGGACGAGCUUGCCACAGGAGCUCAUUGAGAGCAUUGAAGCUGCGUGGCUCGAGGGUCACCCAAAGGUAGCUCUCCAACUUCCGCACGCCCUUGAAGGUGGCAUGCCUGAGGGCAGCUACGAGUUGACGUUCGGAGACGAGCGUCAGACGCAGAGCCUGGUGCGGAAAUUGGGUCCAGGCGGGUGGACUGCGAAGGCCCGGCGCGUGGUCCUGGACAGCGAGGGCGAAGACCAGGCAGCACCUUCGGCACCGGCCGAGGAGCUUUGUGUAGUCUGCUUGGAGCGCAAGCGGACCCAUGCCUUCAUGCACGCGGACACCGGGGACGGCCACCUCGCGGUUUGCGCCGACUGUGCCGAGGCUUAUCGUGCGGAGUCUGCUGUGGCAGGGGCUCACCGAGCGGUGAGAACGUGUCCAAUCUGCCGCCGCGGCUUCAGCGCUUUGCAGCGCAUCUAUCAGUGA